AGUCUGUUUUCUUCCCAGCAACAAACCUCUGAGCAUAUUUUUUUGAUACCCCAAGCUCAACACGCUUUCUUCUUUCGUCUUCCUUCAGAAGAAUUCACAGUCACAAUGGCACCAGUCGCCGUAGCUUCUGAAUCCCCGGUGUUCAACACCAAGCGUGACGGACAGGCUCUCGAGGAGCUGUCGGACGCCAUCGACAAUGUCAAUGUCCUCAAGGACAACAUGAAGAAGCAGGAGAAGGGUCUGUACGAAGAGUCUGAGUUCGACAAGAACAAGGACAAGACCAAGUUCCGUCAGUACGAAGACGCCUGCGACCGGGUCAAGAACUUCUACAAGGAACAGCACACCAAGCAGACCGUGGCCUACAACCUCAAGGCCCGCAACGAGUUCCACUCCAAGACCCGCGCUGAGAUGACUAUCUGGGAGGCGAUGGAGAAGCUCAACACUCUCAUCGACGAGUCCGACCCGGACACCAGUCUCUCCCAGAUCGAGCACCUCCUACAAUCCGCCGAGGCCAUCCGCCGCGACGGCAAGCCCCGCUGGAUGCAGCUGACCGGUCUCAUCCACGACCUGGGCAAGCUGCUCUACUUCUUCGACGCCCAGGGUCAGUGGGAUGUUGUCGGAGACACCUUCCCCGUCGGCUGUGGCUUCGAUGAGCGCAUCAUCUACGGCCGCGAGUCCUUCAAGGACAACGAGGACUUCAACCACCCCAUCUACGACACCAAGUUCGGAAUCUACAGCCCCGGCUGCGGUCUCGACAACGUCAUGCUCUCCUGGGGCCACGACGAAUACCUCUACCACGUCGUCAAGGACCAGUCCACCCUUCCGGACGAGGCCCUCGCCAUGAUCCGCUACCACUCAUUCUACCCCUGGCACAACGCCGGCGCGUACCACGAGUUGAUGAACGACCACGACAAGGAGAUGUUCAAGGCUGUCAAGGCGUUCAACCCAUACGAUCUGUACAGCAAGAGCGACGAUGUUCCCAGCCCCGAGGAACUCAAGCCAUACUACCUCGACCUGAUCGACGAAUACUUCCCCAACAAGGUGAUCAAGUGGUAGAGAUUUGAUAUGCUGUAUGAUUUUGACUGGAUGAUUACAUGUAUUGCUUCUUCUUACAACAUCUUUGCUUCUUAUUCCCCUUUUUACCACCCUAGCAUGCACGCAAGCGAUGAUCUACGACCUACUGCAGUCACUUUUAAAUCAGAGACAGGGAUUGAUUCCCUACUCGUUUUCCAAUAAAACUCUCGAUCUUAAUUGUA